GCUGUUCUGGGAGGGAACUCUUUGCCAUAGCUACACUUUUGGAUUAGGUUUGGCUGAGUGGUGACAGAGAAAAGGAGAUCGACAGAAAUGUUUUCACAAGCCUCUGUGCAGGCACCUCCCUUCUCUUUGCUCUCUGUACAUAUUAUAAGAAUGAGAAAUCUCCGGCAAGCAGAUGUGUUAAGCCAAAGUGAUUGUUAUGUACGUUUGAAGUUACCAACGGCUUCUUUUAAUGAUGCCCGGACAAAAACCAUCUCAAAUAGCAGAAAUCCAGUUUGGAAUGAAACCUUCUACUUUAGAAUCCAGAAUAUGGCAAAGUCGAGGAAGAGGAAGAAGAGCAAGAAUUUACUAGAACUGAAAGUGUGUGAUGAAGACAGUCUCUUCAGGGAUGAUCAGCUUUGCACAGUUCUUUUUGAUGUAGCUCAACUCCGCCUUGGAGAAACAGUUUGCAGGCAUUUUGAAUUGAACCAACAGAAAGACGAGGUUCUGGAAGUGCAGUUCACUUUGGAACAGAAGCUAGAUAUUCCUGAAAUUCUUGCUACAAAUGGAGUACUGGUGUCUCGGGAACUUUCCUGCCUAGAAGUAGGGGUAGAUGGAAGGAGGAAAAAAAGGAGAAGACAACACUUCAAAUUUACAGUGAAAGCAUCCCUUGAAGAUACUCAGAACAUUUUACUGGGUGGUCAUGCCAGAGAUGCCCUCCCAAACCCCAUGGUAUUCCACUGUGUCAAGUAUUGUAACCCCCUACUGGAAGUGAAAUUGCCAAGGAAACGUUCCAUCUGUUGCUCCUCUGAUAAAGGGACAGUGAAGUCUCUAAUUUUGCCUUUUCAUCAACUUCCCAUAGGAGCAAGAGUAGAAAUAGUAAACAACAAAGAAUAUGAUGUCUUUGUGACAGCAGGAAACUGCCAGAAGGACCUAGAUGUGCGCUUGGGAUUUGAUCUAUGUCCAGAGGAGAAGGAUUUCAUUUGUAAGCGCAAGAAAUACGUUGCUGCUGCUUUGAAAAAUGUUCUUCAGCUUGAAGAAGAUCUACAGGAUGAUGAGGUUCCCAUUGUGGCUGUGAUGACAGAAGCAGGUGGUGCAAGAUCAAUGACAGCUAUGUAUGGCAGCAUAUUAGCUCUCCAGAAACUGAAUCUUGUAGACUGUGUUUCAUACAUCACUGGCUUAUCUGGCACAACAUGGACAAUGGUAAAUUUAUAUGAAGAUGCAGAUUGGUCACACAAGGAUUUGGAAGGUCAAAUCAAUGAUGCUCGGAAACAUGUCAUGAAAAACAAACUCUCCUGUUUUUCUGGGAAGCACUUAAAAUACUAUGAAAAGGAAAUCUGGCAGAGGCACCUAGAAGGACACAAGCUAUCUUUUACUGAUCUCUGGGGGCUCAUUAUUGAAUCCAUGUUUCAUGAUGAGCCUGAUCCCCAUAAGCUCUCAGAUCAACGACAGGCUGUGAAUCUGGGUCAGAAUCCCUUUCCCAUCUACCUUGCUCUGAAUGUGAAAGAAAGAUACAGCACCCUAGAUUUUAAAGAGUGGGUGGAAUUCACACCCUAUGAAGUAGGCUUACUGAAAUAUGGAGCUUUUGUUAAUGCAGAAAACUUUGGGAGUGAGUUCUUCAUGGGUCGCUUGAUGAAGAAGAUCCCGGAAUCUCGGCUCUGUUUCAUGCAAGGCUUGUGGAGUAAUAUAUUUUCCCAAAAUGUGCUGGAUGCCUUAUAUUUAGCAGAGUGUUCAGAGGACUUCUGGCACAGGUGGACAAGAGACAAAGUGGCUGAUAUUGAUGGUAUUCCAUACAGACGGCCUAAGAGGCCAUAUGUGCAGCCCACACGCCUCUUCAUCCCCAGCGGGACCCUUACAGAUGUGCUUAGAGAUGUUGUAAUGUGGCGUCCAGUUACUGCACAAUAUCACAAUUUCAUGAGGGGCCUCCAACUGAAUAAUAAAUACUUGGAGAAUGACAGGUUUUCUACCUGGAAAGACACUGUGUUAGAUUCUUCACCCAAUCAAUUGAGUAAUACAGCAGAAUACUUGGAACUUGUAGAUGCAGCUUUUUUCAUCAAUACCAGCUGCCCACCACUUCUGAGGCCAGAGAGGAAAGUUGACGUUAUUUUGCAUUUAAAUUAUAGUGGAGGAUCACAGACAUUGCCACUGAAUUUAGCCACAAAGUACUAUGCGGAACAGGGCAUUCCAUUCCCCAAGGUUGUGCUGACAGAAGAAGAUGAGAAGCAUCUCAAGGAGUGCUACCUCUUUGACAAAGCAGAGAGUCCAAAGGCUCCUAUCUUGGUGUAUUUCCCCCUGGUAUGUGACACCUUCCAAAAAUACAAAGCACCUGGUGUAGAACGCAGUCCUAGCGAGAUGGAGGAUGGCCAAACUGAUAUCAGCAGCAGUAUAUUUUCACCAUAUGCUACUGGCAUGCUACAAUAUUCAGAGGAUAAUUUCAAUAAACUGGUGAAUUUGACCAACUACAACAUCCUCAAUAAUGAACAUUUGAUUCUUCAGGCUCUGCGUCAAGCAAUUGAACGAAAGAAGCAGCAGAAGAAACUGUCUUUAUUUCUCUCUUAAAACCUCUCUCAUAUUUUAUUACUCCAGAAUUUACCAGGAUCGAUUGGCCAGUAUUGCAGACAUGGGAAGUUAUUUGUGAUUAAUAUGCCCAAAGUGUACAAAGGUUAUGUGUAAUUUUCAUUUAUUUGUAUACAAUGCAGUGGGAAGCAAAUGGAUUGGGAGAUAGUGACGAAGUGACUCACUGAAGACUUGCUCAUCAAAGUGGGAUUGGAACAUGGUCUUCCUAGGCUCAAGUUCAGUACUAUAGAGGCCUAAAAUAUGGGCCUGAAUUACAUCGACUCAGUAACUGAAGCUGCUUUGACAAAACACAACUAUAAUAGGCCUCUUAGGCUUAGCUCAUAAGUGCAUGCUCAUCAAUCAAUAAUGGCAAUAUGAAGCAGCCACUACAGAUCAAAUACAUCAGAACAGAACUUUCCUGUCAUGUCACAUCAAUCCAGAUAUAAUACUUUUCAAUGGAGAAAUGUAUGUGUUCAGCAGUGGCUCAUUGAGACUGAGAUGUUAUCAGCUGACACAUUCACAGUGUGAAUUUGUUCUCUGUUUCUUCUAGAGAUACAAACUUGAUUUUCAGUACUAUAAACUGUCAUGAAGCAAUGGAAUGUUAAUGUGUGAAUCAGCCUCCCCUAUGUGGAGCUUCAGACUAUAAAGACUUUUUUUUAAAAAAACGAGUUUUCUUAUGUUUACAAUGUUACCAUUUGAAUCACUCGUACAAACUUGUAUGAUAACAUUGAACAAAGAAUGGCCAGUGGAAUAGGUGCUGGCUUGCCAGUCCAGGGCCAGGGGCCAUUUAGACAACAUUCAGUUUUCUAAUAAAUGUCCUUUAUUCUGUUAAUUAAGCACUGUCCAUUUUCAUUUGCUCUCAUACAUAUUUUGGAUGAGCUUUCUCCUAUUGGCUGUGAUAGUAAAAAACAAAAAAAGACUUAUUUGAGGUCAAUAGGCCAAUAAUUUUGGAAGUAUCUUGGCCCCCAUGAGUUUUGAGGGAGGGGUAUGCGCGGGAUGCCACCUGCAAAUCCACCCAGAGGUUGUGCUUGUUGCUGUACUGAUUUCUCAUUCAGCUGCAUUAGUGAGGUCAGCUCACGGCACAGCAACUGCUUAUAGUAUGAGUAAGGACGUGUUUCCAUGCCUCUUCCACCAGGUACUCCUCCUGGACUUCCCAUGCAGUGCUGCUACUGUACUGGGGGAAGCAGGGGUCUGGUAUGUCUUGACUGUUCUCACUCUGCUGGGGGUGUGUGUCUAACUCUCCUUGCAAAUGGCCUCUUUGGAGAGUAUUAUCACAUGCCUUUUCACUCUUAUAUCUCAUUUAAUGACUGUUGCGGGAGAGAGACAGUGUUUGGACCAUCAAGGGGAAAACUUUUUCACCUACUAUGCGCCAUCCCCCUUCCUGGAUCCCUUAUAAGGAGGAGCUGCCACUGGAGGGUUUCUCUCUGGAUAUCUUUGACUUUUUUUUGUGGGAGAGGAUGUGGCCUUUGCCUUUAGGCAGGAGGAAUCAAGUAUUUGGCUCUUAGUUGUUUUUCUAAGAUAUAGUCAGGAUUUUGUCUUACAUUUUGUAAGACAUUUUUGUACCUACAGGGCUAAGUUCAUGGUUCUGGUUUUGGUGUACAAAGCCCUAUACAACUUGGGAUCAGGAUAACUGAAAGAUCGUCUUACCCCUUUUAUAGCCAGUCGAUCACUACGUUCUGCAGCUGAGGGCCUCCUGCAGAUACCAUUUUAUCAGGAGGUUCAUUGCGCACAACAUAGGAAGCAGACCUUUAGUGUAGUGGCACCUACCCUUUGGAAUUGCCUCCCCUCAAAUAUUAGACAGGUGCCAUCUCUAUUAUCUUUUCGGCACCAACUGAAGACCUUCCUCUUUCAACAAGCCUUUUAAGUAGAGACCUUAUCCCAAUCUGCGUCUGUGUUGGAAUUCCUUUUAAAUAUAUUUUAAAGCUUUUUUUAAAAAGUUUUUUUUGUUUUAACAUAUUUUUAAAGGUGUUUUGUUUUAAUAUAUUUUAAA